UAUGUCAAGCAUUUGUGCCGUCAACGUGUGUGUGUGGAGAAAGCCUCCCGGGCAACAACACCGCACGCACUAAAGUCAGGUUCCCUGUGGUUUGUAUCCACGCGGCGCCUUGAACGGCAGCGGUCAAGUGCAACAACAACAACAACAACAACAACAUCAUAACAACAACCAGCAGCCGCGGUUUUUACACGGUCAUGCACUGUAAUUACACACCAACAACCCUCCUGUUGUACAUUUAAGGAAUAAAACACAAAAAAGGGAGCUUUUUUUAAAAAAAAAAGAAAGAACUUGUGUGCUGAGCAAAAAGAUAAACAUUCAGUUGGCUCCCAUGCUGGCUUCCAGGAAUCCUCUCCUCCACACCCUCAGCCAUGCCUGCCACCACCAAAACCGCCAGGAGACAGACACCUGUUCAGAGAAAAAAUGCCCAGAAAGUUAUCAGUACCAAGAGGAGAACCUGUAACUCAAAUAAACCCCAGGGAGCAGCGACGGAGAGACCCCAGAAAACACCUGCAGAACCGAAGAGGUCCACACCCAGAGCACAGACACAGUCAGGCAAAAGCAACCGCGGAAGAGGAGUCAAUGGGCCUGCUGGCCGUGGCCCUGGGAGGUCCCCUGGCAGAGUUAACCAUGCCCUGAAUAAAACAGGAUCUGCAAGGCUUAGACAGCAGAGCAAUCUGCCUGACCAAUGUGCCGAGUUACAGCACCCCCCAGGGCGAAGGGCAUCCCUGCGGGGCACGCGGCUGUCCGCCCCUCCCGGCCAGCCUCCUAAACCUCGCGGAGGGAGGAAGAGCAGGGGGGGCACUGGGAGAGGAGCAGCGUCACAGCAGAGGAGCACAAGAAGCCGGUCCUCAAUCACCACCAUCAACGAUUCAACUCCAGAUGAGGAUGUUGAGGAAAAUUUGAAACCGGACACCUUCGAUGUCGAUGAAAUCCUUCCAGUGUCUCUGAAGACAAAUUUUGAAGUUACUGCAAAUAUCAAAGAUCAGGGUCCAGGGGUCAACAACGCAAAAGAGGGCAGCCCUCUUAAAGCAGACUCGCCACUCUGUAACGACACACUGGAGGAUUGUGUGCAGGGCAGCUGUGACAGUACUAAAACGCAGCAAGACAAGAAGACUGCCGAUGAAGGUGACCUGCUGUGUAUGACUGGAGAACCUGUGUGUGAUGAUGUUGACGGACAGCUGAAAAUCUACGAUGACGGAGGUAAAGACAGCACCUCCAAGCCCUCUGUGCUAACCAGUAUGGGCUCACCAGGGGGGCAGGGUGGCAGCGUUGGAAAUGAGUGUGAUAAUCUUGGCAGCAGUGGUAAGCAAGAUGAUGCAUUUACCAUCCAAGAGGAAGGUAACACGUUGGACUUGAAAGAGAACAGGACAGAUGAGAAAAUGAUAGUUGUCACAGAGAGAAAAAAGGAGAAAAGAGAGAGUUUUGAGGCAGAUGAAGCCGUCAAGAGGCUAGACGAGACUGUGCAAGAGAUGGAGGAGGUCGUUGAGAGGCUGGGGAAUGGUGAGGCAGAAGAGAGCGGGGUUAAAGAAAAGGAGAAUGAUGUAUCAGCCAAAGCUACUGACCUCCACCCCAGCACUCCAGCCUCUCAACCUGCAGAUCCUCCUUGUUCUAACAAAGGCCCAACAGCAGUGUCAGAACCACCUGCAAGUGUGCUACGAAUCUCCAACACAGCUACCUCAAAUCCAACCAAAGCCCCCUCGUCCACGUCAGACACCCUUGAUUUAGAAGCUCUGAAUAAGGGUAAGACAGACAUGCAGCCUACCACUUGUGGUGCUAAACCUUACAUCCCAGAGUCUUCGGCGGUCCCUGAAUCUGCCCUAAUGGUUCAGACUGUUCUUGUGAAGAGAAACACGCCGGUUAUUAUCCAUAGUGACUCCCUUAAACCUAGAAGCUUGAGGGAUUCGAGUCAGGGGGAACCACAUCGACUGCAGAGCCUAGACAUCCCUCCUCCUCAGGGAGAAAGACGAGUGUGCACACCAGCAGAGACGAAGACCAAAGAUAUUGAAUCCAAUCCAGAGCCAUUCGAUUGCCGAAGCCACAAAGGAACAUCCUUUCUGUCAUCGUCGCAGGUACCUCAGUCGGGCAUGGGUGCCCUUACGACUGAGUGUGAAUCAACCCUUAGCAAGGGUGGCGUUGUGGCAGCUGCGACAGAGCCGGACUCGGUGCCAAAGAUCUCAACUCCCCCUCUGGACAGUAGCUCCACCUUGUCCUGCAGCUCGGAAAGCACUCGCUCCUCUUUUUCGUUUGACACCGAAUCGGACGCAGGUUACGGAGAGCCCAGCCCCUCUGUUCUACCCACAUCGUGGGGGCCAGAGGGGGCCUGCUUGCCCGCCUGGACUGCUCCUAAACCACACAGGAAAGAGAGGAAGAAGCGGAGCAGGUGUGGGACGUGCGAGCCGUGCCUGAGGAAGAUCAACUGUGGCCAGUGCAGCUGCUGCCUAAACCGCAGGACCGGCCACCAGAUCUGCAAGCUGAGGAAGUGCGUGGAACUGAGGAAAAGGAGAACCUUGUCUCCGCUCACUCUCUCUGCUGCACAG